AUGUCUGGGUCUGGAGGCUCGGAGGUGAGAACUCCAAUUUUCUCUGGUGAAAACUACGAGUUCUGGAGGAUUAAGAUGACAACGAUUUUCAAAUCGCUUGGGCUAUGGAGUCUGGUAGAAAAGGGGAUUCCAACUCCUGAUUCGAAGAAGAAGAAAACGGCUGAAGAGGCAUCAGACGAAGAACCUGAUGCAGAGAUGAUCGCUGUGCUCAUGAGGGACGCGAAGGCUCUGGGCAUCAUCCAAAACGCAGUUUCUGACCAGAUCUUCCCUCGGAUUGCCAACGCUGACUCAGCCAAGAUGGCGUGGAAUUUGCUUCAUGGUGAAUAUCACGGUGGUGAUCAAGUCAGGUCAGUGAAACUUCAGAAUCUCAUACGAGAAUUUGAGUAUAUGAGAAUGCGUGAAGGUGAACAAUUAACUGCAUACCUUACUCGAUUAAAUGAACUGAUAAAUCAAAUAAAAACGUUUGGAGAAGUGUUAUCAAACGAGAGGCUGGUUCAAAAGGUGUUAAUCAGUCUUAGUAGAGUAUAUGAUCCUAUCUGCUUGGUGAUUGAAAAUACAAAGAGUUUGGAGACUAUUGAACUGCAGGAGGUUAUUGCAAUAUUGAAGAGUCAAGAGCAGCGGUUUGAUAUGCAUAAUGUAGAUAUAGCUGAGAAGGCAUUUGGUUCUUUCUCAGUUGAAACAAAAGGGCAGAAUAAGAACGGCUUUCAAACUGGUUCUGCUAAGUCUCAGAAAAAUUGGAAUUGA